UUGUCUGUCGCAGCAAAAACGCACAUUUUUGUUACUGCAUUCGACAGAAUGGCAACAGUGGUUAAUUGCGAUUGCCAAAAAGAAGGGCACACAUUUUUGUAUUAUUCACAAAAAACGUGGUGAUAUUUCAUCUCCUUUUACUUGUCAACAGCGUGAAAUAUAAACAUAUAUUUACAGAAUGGGCUGCUUCGGCUUCAAACCGAAACGGGCGUCGAAGCGCAAGAGCGAGCCCGGCCCGGAGACCCAGGACGGCAGCUCGGUGGCUCUGAGCGGCGCGGGAGUCUCGGAGGAUAUAUCGCAGGAGGGGCGCCCGCCCCGAAGCGCUGAGGACACCGCGCGGGCAGCUCCACUCGCCGACGUGGUGCUGCGGCGAGACCUGACCGACGGCGAGCACGCCGUGGCCCGUGCUCACGAGAAGAACAGCGACAAGAAGGUGCGGCUGACGACGGAGUACCUGAUACACGAGAUAGAGUCCCUGCGCGUGGAGCUGGAGAUGCGACGGCGCGAGCUGCAGUCGCUGAAGCAGGACUACAACCAGCUGUGCGACACGGCCGAGAAGCUGGAGCGAGCCCGCAAGAAGCUGUCCGAGAUGACGGCGCGAGUCGAGGACCUGCAGGCGCAGCUGGACGAGAGGCGCGAGUCCGAGAGGAGGCUGAGGCAGGAGUUGGAGGAGGCCCGCGCCGCGCUCAGCAGGGAGACUUGCUUGAAGGAGCUGCUCGCGCUGCGGUUGGAGGAGGCAGGGUUCAAGCUGCGGCAGCAGGAGGCCGCCUCUGCCUGACUCCGACCUGCGCCGACCUUGCUUCAGUCGAUACCGCGCGCUUCAGUCGAUCACUCGCACUCGACGGCACACUCUCGAGACUCCCUCUGUAUCGCCCAUCGCGCCGGAAUCCAUACCAGCGCCCGCGACGCUGUUACCCAUGCUGCAAGACUGUUCUCAAAACAAUCAACCAAAUGUUUAGCAAAAACUUUCAAUAAAAAUUACAUACGUAGUUUCGAAAA